ACUUCUUUGAAUGAGUGAAGGAGCGAGAGAGCGAAAGAAAGAAGCAGAUUCACCUGACCAUGACCGUUUAUCAUUGCUUGAUUACGGUUACCAUACCGUACAUACCGUACAUCUAUGCAUCAAGUAUAUCCAUGCUAACGUCUAAUUCUGAAUCGUUUUCGUUCUUCUGUGUACUUUGUAUGAGUCUGGUUUCCUCUAGACAUCGAGUAUGUCAUAAGAAAUGAAUUCUAGCAGCAUCUAUGGCCAUUGGGAGGUAAAUCUGUACCCCGGACUUGGGGUCAAAGCUGCUCUAGGAGGGGAUCGUCCAUGGUGAACUAAUGUACGGCAUUACGUUGAUACGUCGCCCUAUCUGUACAUGAAUUUCGAUCUUCUAUGUUUGCUGUCAAGGGACUUGACCCACUGUUAUGUGGGGGUCGAAUCAUCUGUACAUCUCAUGUUCAUCAUAUUAGUAUGCUAUCGUUAGGUCGCAUAUGGCGGGCACUCUUUCCGGCUAAGCCUCAGAUUCUCUUCGGAAAUUGAAAUCCCACCCUCCAUCUGAAUUGUAGAAGAAGAUACGUCUUAUACCAUAAUGGCCACCUUCAACAACCCUUUUCAGUCCAAGCGAUUAGCUUAUCGAGCCGUUGAAGAUACGCCAGAAGACGACGAUUUCGUUCACUCCAUCCAGUCCGACCCCUUGUCAUACGCGACCUCAAACUCAACGCUGUUGAAACCUCAAACGAAGCGUGAUACAUUGAAUGGCUACAAGAAACAUCUCAUGGAGGACGCAAUUUUAGCAGUUAUCAUUUUACUACCCACCCAGAAUAUCCAUGGUCAGCCUGGUACGGCUGGCCCGGAAAUCUGGACGCCGAUCGGGAUCAUCGCUCUCAAAAAGGACGAACCGGGUCACGGUCAUCAUCGCAAAAGUUCUAUCAGUAUUGAUAUUGCCAAGCCCUAUCAGAAUCGUGGCUACGGAAGCGAAGCGAUUGAAUGGGUGGUGGAUUGGGGGUUUCGGAAAGCUGGCUUGCACCGCAUCGCAGUUGAAUCUUUCUCCUAUAACCCAGGUGCAACACGCCUUUAUGAGCGCUUGGGAUUUCAAUUUGAAGGACGGCAAAGAGAGACUAUCUGGUACGAUGGAGACUGGCAUGACAUGUUAACCUUCGGUAUGCUGGACCGAGAAUGGAAAGAACAUCAAGAGAAGAAGCCAAAGGAAGGGCCAAGUGAAUAAUUCUAAAUCCACGGUCAGAGGAAGAAUAUCUCCAAUGCUACUAAACAACAAGCUAGAAGGUUGUUAAUGGACCCAUUGAUCUAGACACAGUAUCGUAGGAGCUUCAGUAUCAGUCAAAUACUCUCUCCAUACGCUCCGAAUGGAUAUCAUACUGCAACCAGGCUCCCUAACUACUCAAUUCACGGUUAGAAGGAGCGUGGCUGACUUCUCGAUCCAAGAGAUCGAUGCAAAAUGGUACAAGACCACCCUGUAUGUCUGCCGUUUGAAAUGAAUGGAGAUUAACGUUAUAUUAGAAGCAAGGGUCUUUAUCUGGAAGCUUGAAAUAGUAAGUAAGUAGUAUGCUGCAUCUUUAUC